AGACCCACCCUGUGCCAGGAAGGUGGACAGAGCUUCAGGCAGGGAUCAGAGCUGGUGGUCCAUGAGCAGCUUCCUGAUGGGGAGAAGCCCUACAAGUGCUUGGAGUGUGGGAAGAGCUUCAGGCAGAGCAGCAAUCUUGUCCGCCACCAGAUGAUCCACACUGGGGAAUGGGCCUACGAGUGUGGGGAGUGUGGGAAGGGCUUCAGCUGCAGCUCAAAACUUGUCAGGCAUCAACGCAUCCACACUGGGGAGAGGCCCUAUGAGUGUCCUGAGUGCCAGAAGAGGUUUCACACCAGCUCCCAUCUCCUCCAGCACCAGCGGAUUCACACAGAUGAGAGGCCCUUCUGCUGCCCUGAUUGCGGGAAGGGCUUCAAGUGCAACUCCCACCUCGUCAGGCACCAGCUCAUACACACUGGGGAGAGGCCCUACGAGUGUCCCACGUGUGGGAAGAGGUUUGCCACCAGCUCCAAUCUCCACCUGCAUGUGCAGAUUCACACAGAUGAGAGGCCCUUCCGCUGCUCUGACUGUGGGAAGGGCUUCAAGCAGAAACUCAACCUUGUCAGGCACCGUCGGAUCCACACUGCGGAGAGGCCCUAUGAGUACCCCACAUGUGGGAAGAGCUUCACCCAGAGCUCUGACUUGACCAGCCAGGAGUCACCGAUAAGGGAUGAAAGACCCACCCUGUGCGAGGAAGGUGGACAGAGCUUCAGCCAGGGCUUGGAGAUGGUGGUCCGUGAGCAGCUUCCUGAUGGGGAGAAGCCCUACAAGUGCUUGGAGUGUGGGAAGAGCUUCAGGCAGAGCAGCACCCUGAUCAGCCACCAGAUGAUCCACACUGGGGAAUGGGCCUACGAGUGUGGGGAAUGUGGGAAGGGCUUCAGCUGCAGCUCAAAACUUGUCAGGCAUCAACGCAUCCACACUGGGGAGAGGCCCUAUGAGUGUCCUGAGUGCCAGAAGAGGUUUCACACCAGCUCAAAUCUCCUCUGCCACCAGCGGAUUCACACAGAUGAGAGGCCCUUCCACUGUUCUGACUGUGGGAAGAGCUUCAAGUACAACUCCUACCUCAUGAAGCACCAGUGCAUCCACACUGGGGAGAAGCCCUACCAGUGUCCCCAGUGUGGGAAGAGGUUUCACAUGAGCUCCAAUCUCCUCCAGCACCAGCGGAUUCACACAGAUGAGAGGCCUUUCCGCUGCUCUGACUGCGGGAAGGGCUUCAACUGCAACUCCCACCUUGUCACCCACCGGCGUAUCCACACCGGGGAGAGGCCCUACGAGUGUCCUCAGUGUGGGAAGAGCUUCAGACAGAGCUCUCAUUUGAGCAGA